AUGCAAACCAAACUCAUAAAUGGGACCUACUCAUCGAUCAUGAACAAACAGGAUCUGCUCAGGGAAGUCGUUGUCAAGUACAUCGAUUACUUCUACCCGGUCGCGUCGGGUACCAGCGCCGUGGCGAUCGACAACAAGAUCGAGCAAGCUAUGGAUCUGGUUAAGAGCCACUUGAUGUUCGCGGUGCGCGAGGAGGUUGAGGUGCUCAAGGAGCGCAUCGCCGAACUGAUGGAGAGGAUCAACCAGCUCGAGGUUGAGAACACAUACCUGAGGGCGCACGCCAGCCAGGACACGCUCGCCCAGCUGCCCGCCGCCGGCGUGAAGCCGCCGCCGCAGCCGCAGGGCCCCCAGCCGCCCGUCUCG